AGACACUAACGAAAACCACUUAACGGAUUUAUUAUCGACCUUUGUGUUUUGUUCUUAACAAAGUUAGAGGUAAUUAUUUUGCUGUGCUCAUUCAACUUUCUACGUGAAUGGUCUUUGCCGAGUGGAAAGUUAAGGCCAGAGCCACGUGCUUUCACCGCGUGAAACCAGGCGCAGAAAAGAAGUUUAAAGUUUAAUGUGGCUGUAAACGCUUUUGGAUGGCAGUGCAGUUGCUCGAGUUCGUCUGAAGAAAAAAGCUUGUUAGUGUGCUUCGGAACAAGUGCCAUACGUACAACGCUGUUAGGCGAAACGUGAUGAAGUUCCUCAUCGUUAUCGUCUGUUUGACAAUCGGCAUCCACGCAGGUUUCCCAAAGGGCAGUGGUCAGGAUGGUGGCUUCUCGGGAGGGUUUGGGAGAAACUACGGAGGGGGUUUCAGCGGGAGCCGUGGUGGCGGUGGCAGACAUAGCAGACAGCAGCAGAAGGGGGCGAUCCUUCUUGUGAAACAAUCGCCAGACAGCCACAGAGGUGGCGCGGGCCGCUCUUUAACUGUUUCCGGGCCGACACACGUCGUGCGAACGAUCCAUCAUAUUCAGCGAGUCGAUAAUGGUGGCCAGGUUCUCGUCAGAAGUGGCGGUAGUAGCGGAAAACAAAGCGCUGAACCUAAAUACCUAUUGCUAAUCAAAACAGAUCAGGCCUCGCAUGGCCGCGGAGUUCAACGACAGCAACGACACAUGCAGCAGCGGGGUGGAUGGUAGAUCGUGAUGUAUCCGGGUGACAGCAACGAUAGUGUAGUGUCCUGUUGACUGCCCGUGAUAGCCUGGUGGGUAACGUAUUCAGUCGCUAUUCUCAGGAACACGUGGUCGGACAUGCGAGCAUAGAUACAUAACACUUCGUUUUAUACCGGGUGCCAGCCGUCUUCAGCCGGGAGUGCUUAGCAGCGACGCCAGACGUAAAAUUCGAAACAUUUAGACAUUUUCUUGGGGGAACUGAGUGGUUUUAGCAUCUUGUAAAGUCUCUGCCGGUCGUUUUUAUCCAAAGUCAGUUCUAAAAUGUGCCUAGCUAGGUCACCGUUUAUAGGACUCAGCCUGCUGCGCAGCACUAUACUGGCGUAUGGCUACGAUCCGUAAGUGCAAAAAACACUUGACUGUGUAGAUACUGUUGCUGUUACGACGCCCUAAACUAGAUGAUACUUGUCUAGCGACAGAGGGGAUAACAGGUACGAGGUGAACGAAACGCGAGAGAUAGAAGAGCAUGAUCGAUGGAGCAGAUCUCGCUAGAAACGUGCACCUGAGUUUGCUUGCUUAUUAGAACGAUGUACCUGAAUAUGAACGAAACAAUAGGUUUCAGCUACAUGAAAAAUUCGUUUUCAUUAUGUCGCAGUUAGACCAACUUGAUAAGCUAGAAAUUCAUUGAAUAAGAGCCAAAGUGAUAUGGACCAUAGAGGCCAUUCAGGUCACUGGAGCAAAUACACUUAGACAGCAGAAAAGCGAGAGGAUCCUGUUUUCUACUGAGGUACUAGCACUCAUAAUAAAAGCCAAGAGAUUAUUUAUCUCAAUACAACAUCUCGCGACAGAACUGAUAGUUUAACUUUUGUAAAUGCUUAUAGAUGGUGACUGAACGUUUCAAAUAUGUAAACGUACUAAUGUGCACUCAUCGUCAGAUCGAUCAGUGGAUCACGAGACGCAAACGCGAACGGAAACAGCCAUGUAAAUAACAAGAAUAAUAAUUUGGGAAAUUGGUUCGCGAAUGG